UUGAUUCUUUGGUCAUCAUGUGUUAAAAGAGCAUGUGCGUGCGCCAGGGAGAGUCAAAGAGUGAUGAUAUUGGGAAGUAGCGUUCCUAUUUAAACCCAUUAAUGGUUGCUUUUUUCUCCCACUCUUUUGCAACCUUAAUUUGAUCAGUGAACCCUAGCUGAUCUUUAAUCUCAUCAUCUUAUAUUUUCUUUACGAAGCCAAUAACCUGCUUUUCUUGCUUCUUCAAAUGGGAUAUCCCCAUGUUACUGACCUCACCUUGUCUCAUCCAUUCAACAAUGCAAAGCCUAAUUCACUCUUGAAUUUGAUUCCAAAGCCUAAUAACCCUGCCUGCCUCAACAACACCACUACCAUUAUCUCUACUGCUGCACCCUUUCCCAGCCAUGCAAUUAAUACAAAUGAGCGACGUAACAAGGAAGAAUUCGGUGAGCAGCCCUUAGGGAGCUCACGUUGGAAUCCAACACCAGAGCAGUUGCUAGCCCUGGAGGAACUUUAUCGACGUGGGACACGGACGCCUUCAGCUGCACAAAUCCAACAAAUCGCUACCCGGCUUCGGAGGUUUGGUAAGAUUGAGGGGAAGAAUGUUUUCUACUGGUUCCAAAACCAUAAAGCAAGAGAACGUCAAAAACGCCGACGCGAAAUGGAGACCGAACGACCACAACAAGAACAACAACAAUGUGACACUGAAAGCUUGGAAAAGAAGGAAUCAGGGUCUGUUACGACCGGCUGUGAAAUUGAGCAGACAAAGAAUAAGGGUCCUCCUUUAAACUUCAGUAAACUUUCAGAGCAAUUCAUUUCAACGCAUGGAGUAGCAGCUGCAUCAGCAAAAAGUGGACCAAAUGAGUCUCAGUGGUUACAAAUUCAGGAGAAGGAAUUACAACAGAGAAAGAGUAGAGUGGGUACGUGGCAAGCUAUGGAGUUGCCCUGUUCACCAAUUUACCUCUUAAACAGCAUGGACACAACUUCAUUAGAGACCAGAAGAGUUUUGAACGCUCAAAGAUUAUGUUCUUUCAAACUCCACCAAGAAAAUAUUACUACUCUUGAAGAUGAAAACAGAGAAGAUCAGACCCUUGAGCUGUUUCCCCUUGGAAGCAACAAUUGCAACGGCAUUAAUAUCAGCAAGAAAGACACCCGAGUGCCCAUCAGAGCCAUAAAUACAACCUUCAUCCCAAACCAGUAUUUUGAGUUUCUUCCUCUGAAGAACUAAGGAAGAAGGGUAGCUUAGCAUGUGGCUACAAAUGCAGCAAUU